AGAUACAAAGGCAUCAUUGACCUUUUUCCAAACACGACAACCCAUUGCAACAAACCCCUGUGCUCUGUUACUGAACACUUACAAUGAUAGAGGCAUGGAGUGUUUUCACGUCUUUACUGUUUCUUUCUCUUUUUCUAGCUCUGAAGAUACCUGUUUCACUUUCGGCACGUGAUUUCUCUCUGUAUCUCCACAGUAUUCUGAAGAACCACACAGCUCAUGCUUGUGAAGGAGAUGUGCUCGUCAUCAAGUGUCCCUCCAGGACAUCCGUAGCCGUCCUAUCAGCCUUCUAUGGAAGACGUGUUCCUAAUAAACACUUAUGUCCAGCAAGCACAAAUGUCACAGUGGAGGAGGACACAGAUUGCACUUCCUCCACUGCUUUAGAGAAGGUGCUGUCGGAGUGUCAGGAUGAGCGGUUGUGUCACAUUCCCGUCCUUCCUCCUGUGUUUGGACCGGAUCCCUGUCCGCUCACCACCAAGUACCUCUUGGUGUCCUACAAGUGCAGACCAAAGCACCAUCACACAAGACUUGUGUGUGAAAAUGAGCGUCUGAGGCUGUCGUGUAAAAAUGAGACCGUCCUCGCCAUUUACUCUGCUACAUUUGGACACCUGCUCCAUGGAAGUCCCAACUGUCCGGAAGAUCCAGGAUCUAAGUCCGACAUGGAGUGUUUGUCAGCUGUGGCUCUGAGGAAGGUGUCCCGCAGGUGUCACGGCAGAGAAAACUGUUCAAUCUUUGCAGAUACUCAAACCUUCGGGGACCCCUGCUUCCCCGGCACCAGGAAACACCUGCGAGUCUCCUUCACUUGUGUGCCUAGAUAUCUUCUUGAAGAUGUGGGUCGAGGGUCGACAAAUCCUUUCAUGAUCUCAGACCUCACACACGGCGGAUGGUACACUGGCCCCACCUACAGGCCUCAAAAUGUGCUCUUAACCAACUGUCUGGAGAUCAUUGAAAAAGUUUUGGGUAUCCCAGAGAGAGUGGCUCUGUACUUUGUCUCUGGCAUCUGUGCCGGUCUGGUGUUCCUCCUCUGUCUGUUUGGGCUUCGUUCCACACUGGUGAGAGACGUUAAAGAUCUGGUUUCCGACCUGAACGAUCAUCUGAAAGUCUCACGCAGGCAGCGCAAGGAGCUCAUGGAUGACCUCUUCGACGAAGACAUCUCAGACACAUCGUCUUUUCGCCGCCUCACGCAGUCCUACCGUGCAACGGAAACCUUGAGCCCAUCCACCUUCACAGUGGAGCUGGUUGAGCGAGAAGUGCAGCAGACAAGGGAUCAUCCUAAUGGAGACAUCUGGCCACACCUGGACUCGAGUCCUUAUGCUAUUCACAAGAUUAAAACCUACAGCAACUGAUUUUGGUCAGAUCUUGAAGCCUAAAAUGUGAGAUGACAGAAACAAAAAGGAAAUUUCAUUUAAAUUAACUUUGGCUGUGCGUCAUUAAUGUUGAAGUAAUUUUAUAAGAUAGCAAAAGUUUUAGUGGGAUUGAUAUCAGUCAGUCUGAGUGGUGCAUUUGAAAUCAAAACUGACCACAUUUUCUAUGAAAUAAUAUCCUCAUAUGGAAAUGUUCCAACAUUUUAACAGUGUUUUUAUUAGAUUGGUCUCACUGAUGCAUGAAAAAUAUGAACUGAACACAAUGUAAGGUAUUACAACUAAUAAAAAUUAAUCAGUACUCUUCA